AUGAUGGACAGCCGAUCUACGUCAACAACUGAAAUGUCAAUAGAGAUCCGCCUAAGUCAUGGUGGAAGCCAGAACACCAUGAAUCUUGCAAGUGUCCUUAAUCCCUUGCCUACCCCGCCCGCUUCAGAAACCGAGGAGGAAUGGAAAGAGGCCGAAACCCCUCUUCAAGAGUCGUUGCGUGGCUCUUAUUCUUACUAUACUGCUCCGCGGCCGAUGGAGAUUGAUGGAGAGGUUCCAACAAAUACAGCGUGGGAGCAUCAUGAGAGGGUUGUGCCAACGCUACCACCAAUGCGUCUGAGCCCGGAGCAACGUCAAAUGCAAAAUCUGGCUCAUCGGCCAGCAGAAGUCCUUCGAAUGCCUCAGAUAUCCCGACAUCUUAGUGAGAGCAACAUAGCGCGGCGGCAGUCCUUGCCAACAUCUCAUUCGCCUCAUCGCCGCCAUGACCGUCGUGGGUUCUACCCCCGCCUGAGCAUAGCUUCGACAUGUAAAUCCCCAUCACCGUCUGUCAGAUCCGAAAGCUCUCGUGACGGAGAAGAGUCCAAGGUCGGAAAGAAGAAGAAGAGGAAGCCAAGUGGGCCGCACAACAACAAGCCAUACACACAAGAGCAGUUCCAAUGGCUUUGGUAUUACUCACAUGAUCGCGACUUCAACUAUGCAGAGAUGUACCGUGUGUGGAGAAUCCAGUUCCCUGACGAGCUCCGAGACCCCGGACAAGCCUUUUCGAGUCGUCUGUAUCGCGAGAGCCUCUUCCCGGUGCUCGAUGCCAACGGCGAAAUAAUGCGUGACCGUGACGGAAAGCCCAGGUUCAAACCCAUCAGAAAGCGUCUGCGACAAUUUGCGGAGUUUAAAGACUAUCCAUACAAGUUUUGGGAACACAGUCCAGAAUGGGCGUUGUAUUGGGACUGGGUCUCACCCGAGCACAAAGCGAUGGCACAAAGGCUUCUUGAUGGACGAGACUUGGACCAUUCUCAGCUUCGAAAAGAGAAGUAUCGUCGAGCAAUCCGCCUGUACAGUGGGGAAGUUCCGAUGAAGAAAGGGUGGUUCGCUACGCCAGCUCUUCAUGCCGCCGCUGUUCAAAGGGCGAAAGCAAACAACGAAUCGACAAGAUUCAACACUUCACCUUCACCAGAACAGGCUUCUGACAUCAAGCUCGAGACCCAGCAGAUAUCAUAUUGGGGUAAAGAGUACGGCCUCGACUCCAAUGGUCGAAAAUAUUCACUCUGA